CGUUCUCCCGGACGCCAUGUUUGUUGACAUCCGUGACGGGACGCUCACACUCACACUUACACUCGUGCUCGUGUGGUUCCUCGCGCUCAGCAUGGCCAGUAGGAGCUCCGUGCUGCCCACUAAAGAGCAGGCUCUCAGAGGAAGACACACCAGGAUGGAGGUAGCAGGGAAACAUGCAGUCACAGGCCGGUCCACUGUGGAGCCUUUUCCGGACGCCAUGGAGAUGAUCAUGUUUGGUAUGGGCUGUUUUUGGGGAGCAGAGCGGCGCUUCUGGAAAAUUCCUGGAGUUUUUUCCACUCAGGUGGGAUACGCGGGGGGAUUCACACCAAACCCCACCUACCAGGAAGUAUCUUCAGGUCUGACAGGCCAUGCAGAGGUGGUGAGAGUAAUAUACUCUAGUAGAGACGUGAGCCUGGAGAAGCUGCUGAAGGUGUUCUGGGAGAGUCAUGACCCGACCCAAGGAAUGUCUCAGGGGAACGAUAGAGGGACACAGUACCGCUCCGUUAUCUACACAUACUCUCCAGAGCAGCAGGAGCUCGCCAUGAGGAGCAAAGAGACCUACCAGCAGGCUCUGAAGCUGAAGGGUCUGGGUGAGAUCACUACAGAGAUCCGUGAGCACUCUGUGUUCUAUUAUGCAGAGGAUUAUCAUCAGCAGUACCUGCAUAAAGUGCCAAAAGGCUACUGUGGGUUAAAGGGCACUGGGGUCACCUGCCCUCUCGGCUCAGACAGGGAUGAAUUUUGACCCUUUGGUUAACAGAUAAGUGUUUAAUAAUACAAGACAUUCAUUUGAGCGUGAAUAAAGCUUUUCUUUUGAAUUCAGA